CAUGAUUGUGGAUCCUGUUUGGCAGCAUGCCUGGGGUCAUGCAGCAAUCACGCCGCAGCUGCAUUUGACCAAUUCUUGCGACCUCAAGCCUGGGACUUUUGUGUUGUGUGCUUGGGAGUGUGGUGUAAAUCUUGCCGCUCAAUGUAUACUUGUGUGUGAGAUCGAGGAUAAAUCGCUUGUGAGUUUAGAGGUAGUAUCGACUCACACUGGCGGCGAGGGGCAUGCAUAUGCAUCGGCCCCUUGCCAGCUGCGGUGGCCUGUCAUUGACGGCCGCGCACAAAAACCUGAGCGACUCCCUAUCGAAAUGUUACGUGAUUGCGCAGGCAUCCCACGGGGCUUUCUUCAUCUUGGCGCGGGUAGACGGAAGGAGCGACUGUCCAUGCAUUUCGGUUAGAAAUGAUAGAGCGAAGCUUCGAUUGUCGAGGAGCACGCUUUCCCAUUCGGUGAUGGAUGGGGAACUCAGACAUCAAACAUCUGUGCUUAAGCUGCUGAGGCGAGGGCAGAAGCAGACAAAGAAAUCGAGCUAUGCGACGUCGCAAACUGGCAGGCUGCUAGGCGACGGUGAGAAUGAUGGAAAACCGCGCGCGGAGCAACCUCGAAUACUGUGCUACUAUGCUGCCGAUGGUGAAUGUAACGUUUUUGGCUGUUUCAACUCCUUUUCUCCCUUAUUUUUGCGCAAUUACCUCUCCGGGGUGACGCUGGUGACUCUGAAGUUCUAGCAUAACUUGGCUCAGCGAGAGGACUUGACCCCAUGUUGGAGGAGCUUUUCGCUUUUCCAGGACUGUUACGACCCGAUAUACGACCGCAUGCGCCUCUCACGUGCCCCCCGCUUUUUUCCUCUUAUUAUAUAUUACCCGCAUACCACGUAGAAUAAACGACUAUAGGCGACUAGCAACUAUAGUCGACUACGCUAUAAAAGC